AUGAAAUGCUUUAUGGUUGAACUUUUUUCUAGUUAUAAAUCCCGUGAGAAUUAUAAGCAAGGAAUAACGGAAAUAGUUUUUGAUGAAGCUAUCAUUAAUCCCAAGACAGGAGAAAAAUAUUUAGAAGAUGAAGAAGGGAAGAUUAAAGAUCCUCAACCAAAACUAACCUAUAUUGCUAAUCCUUAUGAGAGAUUUAGACCUUUCAUGGCUAAUUUUUUACCUCUGAUUAGGAAACGAUUAAGUAAGUUAAAAUCUCAGGUGUUUAAUAACGAAAUAGUUAAUUUAGAGAAUGAACAAGGAGAGUUAUUAUCUCUUUAUAAACCUAGCAAGUGUUUAAAAGAAAAAGACUUAAAAAUAACCGAGUUUAUUAAUGGUUCUGCUCCUAUUUUUAUCUUUAAUAAUUGCAUCCUUUACCAAGCCAAAAAAGGCUUCUUUUUCUUUGUCAAUAAAGAUAAUAAAGAAAUUAGUAAUAAAGAAGAAAUUAAGUUUAUUCCUGAAUAUUAUGUAAAUAAUGAACAAAGAUUAAAUAGUCAGCAAGAAUAUCAAGUGCCAAUUGAAGAAAACUAUUUACGAGAAGAUUUGUUAUGGAAAUGA